AUGGUCAGAAUCACCAGAAAUCUCUCAUUUUCAAAGGUCUAUUGGUCAAAUAACGGUAUUCAAGAGAGGAUAUUAAGUUUGGUAGAAUAUUCAACACCAACCAACUUUGAAUGGCGUAGUAUAUCUGUUUUGAUUCCAGCCACUCAAUCCGCUCAAACGAGAAUUUCGAUAUAUGGGUUCUGUAAUUCUGGCAAUUCGGACGCUGUGGCAAUCGAUAAUCUCGUUGUCGAAUCAUCAGAUCAAACGGUAACCCCACCGUUGUCAACACAAAGCACCGGUUCCACUUCUUCUUCAUCAACGACUCCGCUUCCAGGCUCUUGUCCCUCGAACCUCGGCUCGGAAUCAGUCAGGUGUGAAACAUUGAACGGAAAGUGUUACUGUUUCUCGCUUUACAAGGUUGACAGUUGGUAUAUUGGCGAUUCGUAUUGUCGAAGCAACGGAGCAACUUUACUCGGUUUAGAAACACAGACAGAAAUUUCACUCAUUGACAACUAUAUUACGAGUGCAAGUUCUGGUCUAGAUAAAUAUGCUUACUGGACUUCAGGGCAAUGGGGAGGAACCGGUUACGUAUGGACUGGAUCUAACCAACCCUUUACUGCCACGAACUGGUAUCCUGGUCAGCCUGAUGACAUGGCCACUGGUUACUGCGUCAGAUUGUUUUAUGGGACCAACUAUGCUGGACGUUGGAGUGACAUAAUUUGUAGUGGCGAAGGCUAUACCCCUUUCUAUUUUAUUUGUGAACUGUAAGGAAAUUUAACAGUAUAACGGCGGUUAUUUAAACUU